CAACCAGCCAGGCUCCAAGUAGCGUGCCGUUGCACAAUUUCAGGCCGGACCAAAUUGGAUCGCGAACAAAUAGUGGCGCUCGAGUGAAUCAAACCAAAACUGUAAAGAAUAAAAAUUUGACUUUGGCACCGUCUGCUCGCAGAGCGACUGAGAGAAGUAUUCAAAAGAAGGAAUCCAUUUUGGCAAUACGAAAGUGUGACUGGCAAAAGGACAAUGAGAGUUGUAUAUAUCGGUGCGAUGAAUCUGCGAAGCAAUGGAUACAAUACGACGUAUUGCUUUUCCCUAGAAUAUACUCAGGCUUAGCAUACUCAAACCGAAAACUAAUCUCCGUUGGCGGCUUGUUGGAAGAUCAACCAACAAGUAGUGUAUAUUCAUACAAUUUAGCGACCCAGACAUGGAUGGAAUUGCCAGCAAUGGUGACGUCUAGAGGCAGUGUGUGUGUAGCUACAGUCAAUGGUAAUAUUUAUGCAAUAGGCGGAUAUGAUGGCUCGAACAGGGUCCUCGGUACUAUGGAAAAACUCAAUCUCACCAACGGCAAAAAAUGGACUUUACUUCGGAAAAUGUCAAUGCCACGACGUAAUGCCACUGCUUUGGCUAUUGGCGAACUUAUUUAUAUAAUCGGUGGUUUCGAUAAGGAUUGGCAGCAACUAAGAUCGGUGGAAUGCUACAACAUAAGAACGACUACCUGGACUAAGUGUGCUGAUAUGCAUACUGCUCGACAUGACUGUGGAGCAUCCGUAUUAAAUGGUCUCAUAUACGUAAUCGGUUCAGGAAACUUGCCGCCUUUCCGUCAAGAUGUGGAAUGCUAUAAUCCGCAUACUGAUACCUGGACGAAGGUGUCUUCAUUGAUUACCGCACGACAUGGCAUCAACGGCAUAACAUUCAAUGGACAAUUGUUGGCCGUCGGUGGUUUCUUACCAAAUAAUUACAAAGGCUUAGUUGAAAUGUAUAAUCCAACGCAAAACAUUUGGGCGAAAACAAUGCCGCUACCAACCGCUGGUAUAUAUAAAUGCUUUGUUUUGCCCACAGAGGAGCUCGUUAAUAUGGAGCCAGCCCGCAGAGCCAGCCUAGCUUUAAGUCGUACAUAAAUUGNUUCCU